AUGACAACUCUAGCAGAACAAGCAUCCAAGCUUUUGGAUUUUAAUCAGAAGCUUGAUAUAACGCUUCUCGAUAAUGUAGUAGGUUGUAUGUACACUGGAAUAGGUGAGCAACAAAAACUUGCACAGGAAGUAUUAACCACACUUAAGGAACAUCCAAAUGCAUGGACACGUGUAGAUACUAUUCUAGAAUAUUCACAGAAUCAACAAACAAAGUAUUAUGCUUUACAAAUAUUGGAGCAAGUAAUAAAGACAAGGUGGAAAGUAUUACCACGAAAUCAGUGUGAAGGUAUAAAAAAGUACAUUGUAGGCCUUAUCAUAAAAACAAGCAGCGAUCCAGAAACAAUGGAAGCGCAAAAAGUUUACCUCAACAAACUUAAUAUGAUUUUAGUGCAGGUUUUAAAACGAGAAUGGCCAAAAAACUGGGAAUCUUUUAUUGGCGAUAUUGUUGGGGCAAGCAAAACAAACGAAAGUCUUUGUCAAAACAAUAUGACAAUUUUGAAAUUAUUGUCAGAAGAAGUAUUUGACUUUUCUAGUGGUCAAAUGACACAGACAAAAGCAAAACAUUUGAAGGAUACAAUGUGUAGCGAAUUUUCUCAAAUAUUUCAACUUUGUCAAUAUGUUCUGGAUAAUUCGCAAAAUAUUCCACUAUGUACCGAAUUUGAAACACAUGAUGGUGUGCAAGAUAUGGCCUGUGACACAUUUAUAAAAAUAGCAUUAAAGUGCAGGCGACAUUUUGUAACAGUACAGUUAGGCGAAUCAGUACCAUUUAUUGAAGAAAUUCUUUCCACCAUUAGUAGUAUCAUAUGUGACCUUCAAACACAACAGGUACAUACCUUCUAUGAAGCAGUUGGUUAUAUGAUAAGUGCACAGACAGACACAGUAAUUCAAGAACAAUUGAUAGAAAAAUAUAUGCUUCUACCAAAUCAAGUUUGGGAUGAUAUUAUAAGUCAAGCAUCUAAAAAUGUAGAUAUAUUGAAAGACCAAGAAGCUGUAAAACAACUUGGUAGCAUUUUAAAAACAAAUGUUAGGGCUUGUAAAGCUCUCGGGCAUCCAUACGUGAUACAAUUAGGAAGAAUAUAUUUAGAUAUGUUGAACGUUUAUAAGGUUAUGAGUGAAAACAUAAGUGCUGCAAUAGCGCUGAAUGGUGAAAUAGUAAUGGAACAAUCUUUAAUUAAAAGUAUGAGAGUAGUUAAAAAAGAAACAUUGAAAUUGAUCUCAGAUUGGGUCAGUAGGACAACCGACCGACAAAUGGUUUUAGAAAACUUUAUACCACCACUGCUAGACGCAGUAUUAUUGGAUUACCAAAAAACAGAUGUUCAUUGUGCUCGAGAACCAGAGGUAUUGAGUGCGAUGGCCACCAUCGUAAAUAAAUUAGAAGGUCACAUUACCUCUGAAGUACCGAAGAUAUUUGAUGCUGUAUUCGAGUGUACUUUAGAAAUGAUUAACAAAGAUUUUGAAGAAUUCCCAGAACAUAGAACGAAUUUCUUUUUACUUUUACAGGCUGUAAAUGUAUAUUGUUUUCCUGCAUUUCUUGUAAUCCCGCCAGCACAAUUCAAACUUGUUCUCGAUUCUAUAAUUUGGGCUUUCAAACACACGAUGAGAAAUGUUGCAGACACAGGGUUACAAAUACUUUAUCAACUUCUACAAAAUGUUGAAACCGAGCCGGCAGCUCAAAGUUUCUACCGAACAUAUUUCACAGAUAUUCUUCAACAUAUAUUUAGUGUAGUUACAGAUACAUCUCAUAUAGCGGGCCUUACAAUGCAUGCCACUAUCCUGGCAUAUAUGUUUUCAUUGGUUGAACUUGGGCGAAUUCAGGUACCACUAGGACCUGUACCAGAUAAUGUAUUAUACGUUCAAGAAUUUGUUGCAAGAUUGCUUAAAGCAGCAUUCCCACAUUUGACUGAUAAUCAGAUAAAAAUCACUGUACAAGGUUUAUUUAAUCUUGACCAAGAUAUCCCUGCAUUCAAAGAACAUCUUAGAGAUUUUCUUGUUCAAAUUAGAGAAUACACUGGCGAAGACGACUCUGAUCUCUAUUUAGAAGAGCGAGAAACUGCUUUGCGGAUGGCUCAGGAAGAGAAAAGACGGCAACAAAUGGCAGUUCCAGGAAUACUUAAUCCUCAUGAAAUACCAGAAGAAAUGCAGGACUGAAUUAUCAGUCGUCUUCGUUAUUUUCUUCCUGCACAUCUCAAUGAGAAACAUUCUGUUACAGAGACUAUCGUAUCUUUUGAUCUACAAUUUCCCCAAAAUGUACCAUGACUGAAACGGAUAUACAAUAUUAUAUACUUUUUAAAGCCAAGAUUACAAUAUAACAUUCUUGUUAAGGAGGUAAGCCCGAAACGUGGUAAUUGUUUGUCUGUUAUGCGGUUUUAAUAGGAUUAAAACUUCUGUUGUGGGUAACAAGUGAGUGUGUGCUGAACAAUACUAUUUAAUGUAAUAAAAAUAAUUUUUAUGUCGAUAUUUAAUAAGAACUUAUUACAAAUUUUUAAAAAAUACACUAAAAUUAUUCGAUGAUGACGGAAUAUAACCAUACACUGUGUACCGUAUUCAUUGUUUACAGAAAUAACAUUCAGGUGCAUAUUUAUAUAUACAUAUAUAUAUACAUAAGAUUUUACUAAGAUAAUUAUUAUUUGUAACGGUUACAUUGAUUGUAUUAUAAAUCUGAUUGGGUUAUAAUUAUUAAUCAAUAGUCGGUUGCUACAGAACUAAAUUUGAUGAUACAUAACAUACUGUUUUCUAAAAUACGUUAAUUCGAAGAUACCUAGAACAUAUUAUGCAUAAAAUAGUAUUGUUUCAACAAAUUUAGAGAAUGUUACACGUAUAUGUGUGUUUUUAUCUGCAUAAAAUUGUAUGAUAAUGCUAUUAUUACUAUAUAUAGAUAUAUAGAAAUAUAGAUAUAUAUGAUACAUUGCAAGUCAUAUGGAAGAAUUUUGUAAAUUAAACAAAAUGUCACACAUCGCAUUUGUUUAGGCUUCACUUUUCUAAUAAUCCCCACGUACACAUAGAUUUAUUAUGAAAUAUAUUCAAAGUAAAAUAGCAUAUAUUUUUCUUGUAUUUAACAAAUACAAUUAAUUUGAAGAGAUAAUGAAUAUUCUAAAAAAUUUGGUUCCUUUCAAUGUGUCAGUGUAUAUUCUACUCUUUUCUUUAAAUAUUACUACAAUUAAAAUCAUUCGCAUAUACAUAUAUAUAUUUAUAUAUAUUUUGCUUUAUUGAAAAAUAUCAGUAUUUAUGUCAGCUAAUACAAAAUUUUUAUAUUUUUCGUUUCGUAAAACAUUAUUUUAUUUAGUUUUUAGUUCACGAAUCGGCUUCUCAAGAAUAGAUGUAUAUUCGUUGUCAGCUUUUUAAAUGAAACGUGAAGCAUUCGGCUAAAUACAGAUAAAGUGAAAUACCGUGAAAAAGGAACAAAUAUUUUCCAUAAGCGUCGUAUUCUUUUUACAAUGUGCAGUGUAGUAUUAUUAUGUGAAACAAGAUUCUAUGAUGUUUGAAGUUGAAACUCUUUAAAAUUAAUUUCGGAUAAUUAUGUCCUGCACUCCUCUGUUACUUGUUUCAUUUCUUGUAGUUAUGUAUUUUGUAUAAUAAAUUUUUAAGUUUCCUAAACAUCAGAAUCCAAACAUCAAUGAAAAGCCGAUUGUCUUGUCGUUCGAGCUUGCCUCCGAAAAUACAGGUGCUUCAAUUUACAAAUCACGAAUAAUCUUGACUUCAUGUGUGUCUAAUAUUGGUAUAUGAUCUAUAAAGAAGAAACUGUGAAGUUAACAAUGAACCGAACGAAUAUUAUUAAAUAAAUUUUGUAAAAAAGAAAGACAGAAAAAGAAAAACUGUUUGAGAAUGUAACAUUACAACAAAUCGGAAGAUAUAAAACGCUUGACGCUAUUCACGAAAAUUGUUUAUUACCAUUCAUGACAUUAAGAAAAGCUUCUACUGUGCAACAAAGUUCUUUGCUCGCGGGUAGUUGACUAUCAGUCGAAGAAGAAUACUACUUUUCAAUCUGUGCGUCGCGCUGUUUUUUUUUCUCAAUAUGAACGUGAGAAUAAAAAUCAAUGUCUCCACAGAAGCGUAACAGAUGUGCAUACCGUUACUGCAUUUUUACGAAAACAUCAACGAUUUGUAUCAUACAAAAUAAAUCAAUGAGUGUAGCUCUGCUUGAAACCUUGAAGCCAUUACAUUUGAUACUAUGCGACUCGGGUCUCAAGCUAGGCCGCUAAUGACUGCAACAAGAGUGGGUUUGAGAUAUGAGAACUAUGAGGAAGAAUCAAUGUAACUUGAUUUCAUUAUUCUUUAUCGGUAGACUGUAUUUAUUUGCAACCGGUAUUGCAAAGAUGAAAAAAAAUUUGACGGUAAUUUUUUUCACGAGAUUCGUAGUACACUUUGUAAACUUUUAUCGCAAACAAGAGAAAGAGGAAAAAUAUUAUUUGUAUGGAUAGAUGUAAUAAGUUACAAAAAUGUAUUUAGUCAUACAUAGUUGUAUGUGAUAAGACUACAUGUAAUGAGGAAAGUGCUUAAAGAGUCGUAAGAUAUCGAAGUAAUAAUCGUAUCUAAAAAUAAAGCUGCAACUAAAUGUUUUAUAAGCUGUUCGUUUGUUAUAAGAGAGU